AUGAAGCUUAUCGAAAUCUACAGGGCUGUCAGUGCUUUCAUUUUGAAUAUAACAUACGGCUAUAACAUCGAGCCUCAUGGCGAAGACCCGUUAGUACGUCUGGCUGAUCACGCACUGAAGCAGUUUUCGGUUGCGGUUUUCCCAGGCGCAUGGCUAGUUGAUUUGAUCCCGGCAUGUUUCAUGCUCAUCUUCGUCCAGUGA